AUGGCAUCAAGGCAGGAUUUCACAAUAACCGCCUGUGAAAAAUGUGGCGAAACUUCUACGCAAGACGAAGGCAUGGUAGGAUGCAAUGGUUGUGCUGGAUGGUUCCACUAUCGCUGCGUUGGAGUCACAGACGAAGUGAAAAAGCAAAAAAAGUGGUUCUGUCCGAGCGAAGCGUGCCAACAAUUGUUCUACAAAUUUCAAAGAAAGCAAGAAGCCGGGAGAAAGGGUGCUUUGAAGAAAACAGAAGGUUCUGACAAAUCAAGCACAACUUCUGAACAAAGAAUGAGUCUUUGGAGCGAAAAUAAAGAUGAAACGAUCAGAAUGCAGGACACUAAUCAGUCUGUCAGAGAAGAAACACAUGAGACUGAAAAACGACACGCUUUGGAAAAACAGGAUAUGGAAAUCGAGGCAAUGACAAGGCAGUAUGAACUGGAAGCAGAAUUACGGGAACGAAAGCUUAAGUUAGAGGAGCAGAUGUUGAAAAAAGCUUUAAAUGAUAAACGGAUGUAUUUAGAGAAAGCCAAGAAAAUGCGUGAAUCCUAUCAAUCCCAAAUGGAUGCCAUGGAUAAGGAGUUAGCUGAGCUGAGUAUCGGAUCUAAGACCGGAAUGGCGAAGGGCGGUUGUAGUAAAACUUCGACACCUGUCGGGAAAUCUAAUGUACACAUCAGCAAAAAUUCGUCUAAGCUUCCAAAGCGUGGAAGCUCCGAUAAAGAUACGUCAUCGGAUUUAGAAAGUAGCACGACUGAUAGUAUCAUGGAUAGCUCCUUCUCCGAUUCAACAGAUAUCGUGAACACGCUUGCAUUCCUUGAUGAAGGAGCGUCAGUCACCCUGAUCGAGAAUUGUCUCGCAAAAAGACUAAACUUAGUUGGCCAGCUGGACCCACUCACCAUCAAAUGGACGGCAGAUGUAACACGAACCGAGAAAGAUUCUAUUCGAGCAGAUAUGCAAAUAUCAUCAAAGGCGAACAGUGACGGUUGGAUGCUACGAGGUGUUCGAACGGUGUCUCAACUACUUCUACCAAUGCAAACUUUGAACGCUGAGGAACUUAAAAUGCAUUAUCCGUUCCUAACUGAAGUACCAGUUCAAUCUUUCUCUGGAGAAAGGCCAGGACUCCUCAUCGGACUGAAUAAUUUGGAUGUGAUCGCCCCCCUGGAGACUAAAUUAGGAAACGUCGGUGACCCUAUUGCAGUGCGGUCCAAAUUAGGUUGGUCGAUUUACGGCCCAAUCGGAGAAGCUAUAACAUGUUCGACUAGUGGUUAUGUAGGAAUCCAUGUAGAACCUACUAACCAAGAAAUACAUGAUUUACUUAAAUUGUAUUACUCUGUAGAUGAGUCUGUUGAGUCAAUAUCAGCUGAAUCAAAAGAAGACCAGAGAGCGCGUCGUAUAUUGGAAACGACCACGAUGAGAAUCGGUGACCGUUUCGAAACCGGGCUUCUGUGGAAUACAGAUAGCCCCUGGUUUCCAAACAGUUACGGUAUGGCGUUUGGUCGCAUGCAGGAACUUGAACGGCGACUAAUAAAUAAGCCUCAAUUGUACGGUAAUGUUUGUUCACAAAUCGAACAAUACUUACAAAAGGGCUACGCCCACAUAGCGACAGAUGAAGAGCUGUCGGAAACCAACUCCCACCAAACGUGGUACUUACCGUUGAAUGUGGUUUUGAAUAAAAAGAAGCCCGAUAAAGUUCGUUUAGUUUGGGACGCGGCAGCCUCGGUUAAAGGGGUUUCUCUGAAUUCUCAACUAUUGAAAGGUCCAGAUAUGACGGUGUCCUUGCCGGCUGUCAUCAGUCGUUUCCGGGAGCGCCGAGUCGCCUUUGGAGCCGACCUUAAGGAGAUGUAUCAUCAAAUCCGAAUAAGGACGGAAGAUAGGCAAGUACAAAGGUUUCUUUUCCGCACAGAUCGCUCCAAGCCUCCCACGACUUAUGUGAUGGAUGUAGCCACCUUUGGAGCAACAUGCUCCCCGUGUUCGGCUCAAUAUGUAAAAAACCUUAACGCUAGUGAAUUCGCGACCGAGUAUCCCAAGGCAUCGGCUGCAAUCGUGAAUAAUCAUUAUGUUGAUGAUUACUUUGACAGCGUAGACACUGUAGAACAAGCGAUUGAAUUAGCCACUCAGGUACGAUAUAUUCAUAUCAAGGGCGGGUUUGAGAUUCGGAACUGGGUCUCAAAUUCAAGAGAGUUGCUUAUCAAAAUAGGCGAGCCAAAUGCGAUCCAAAGUAUUCAAAUCAGCCGAAACAAAGAGACCAACAAUGAACGAGUCUUAGGAAUCAUCUGGAACCCGCACGAUGAUAUGUUUUCUUUUUCCACUACUCAUAGAGACGAAGUUAGCAAAUACUUACAUGGAGAUUCACGACCGACUAAACGUAUCGUCCUCAGUUGCGUCAUGGGAUUUUUUGAUCCGUUGGGCUUACUCUCACCAUUCACUGUCUUGGGAAAGAUGCUUAUUCAGGACCUGUGGCGCACUGGCUGCGAAUGGGACGAACAAAUAGAUGAUGAUUCAUAUGCCAAGUGGAAAAAAUGGAUCAGCAUGAUGUCCCAAGUUGAAAAUGUUCGAAUCGACCGUUGUUAUCUUGGUAGUUUACAUUCUAAAGAUAUCGAAUCUCUGCAGUUGCAUGUGUUUACGGACGCCAGUGAACACGCGUACGGCUGCGCAGUCUACCUUCGGAGCUCAUGGCAGCUGUUCGUGGAGCUAAAGUUUUGA